CUACCUUCUUCCCCCACUUCACCUUCUUCUUUCUUUCUUUCUCUUUAGUUUUCUUCUCUGACACCAGUGAUAUCUUUCUCCUUGUCUCUUCUUUGGCAUCAAUGAUCUCUUUCCUCUCCUUUCAUUGGUGCCCUCUUCAUCUCUUCUCUAUGCCUCUAUCUCUUCUUCCCCUUCUCUUUCAUCCCAUCACCAAUCUCACAUGUAGCAAAUCAAUUAGAAUUGCACAUGCAAAACUAGAAAUUUUGCACGCAUCUUCAAAUAUGAUAGAAAGAAACCAGCAUCAGCAUGAAAUUGGAUAUCAUAAAAUUUGAAUGCCAACAAACAACCACAUAAACCAAACUGAACACCUUGCAGUUCUGGCUCAAACUCCUGAUGCUCCUCCAUGCUCACAGAUAGUCAAAGACGUGGUCCCAUGUCUGAGCUUCCUCACAGAUGGCGGGGAACCAACUAAGGAGUGUUGUGGCGGCAUUACAGAGAUUGCCAACGAUGCAAAAAGCAAAAAAGAUUGUGCAGCUAUCUGCACGUGCCUCAAGAAAGCUCUGGCUCAAAUUGGAUCUUACAACGCGUCUCGCAUACCCCAGCUUCCUGUUAAAUGGCUAGCACUUUGGUUCUUGUUUGAUCAUACCGGAGCUUAUGUUACAUUAUCAAGUCUUCAUGCUGCUAGCGAAUUGAAGAUCAAAUCAACUAAAACCUUUGCCAUCCGAAAUUGCUUCCAUUUUUCUGGAGUUCCACUUCGACUCGGUGUUUUACUCGGUCAGAUUUUCUUUUAUCUACAGCAUAUUCCUUUGUUUAUUAUUAUGGAGAAAUUUGAUAUUUCCCAGCCAAUUUCAACCAUUUUAAAUGGCUCGAAUUACAUACUCUGGGCUCAAAGUAUGCGUAGUUUCUUGAAGGGUCGAAAAUUAUGGCAGUAUAUUACUGGUGACAUUACACUUCCACAGAGAGUUACUGAUGAGACAAAUAAGAAUUUGGACGGUAUGAAACAACUAAGGAAGUGUGGGAUUUGCUUGCAGCCAGCUUGCUUCUCAGAACCAACCUUCAAUGACGCUGUUGAUAUUGGGAAGUACAUUGAGUAUCGUGAUAAAAUGAGGUUAAUUCAAUUUCUUAUGGCACUUAUUGAUGAUUUUGAACCAUGCAGAGCCUCUUUAUUGCAUCAGUCUCCUUUACCUACCUUGGAUAGUGCUUUCUCACGAUUAUUAUCUGAUGAAACUCGUCUGGGCUUACUUAAGCCUCAACGAGAUACUAUUGUGGCUGCAACUAUCAACAAGUUUCCUUCGAGCCAUAUUGCGCCUAAUUGUACUACUUCACUAUCUCAGAGAUCUGAUCAGUGGAAGACCCAAUCAAAGCCUGAUCAGUCUUCCAAGCCUAUGGUUGUUGCAGCUGCUGCCAAUGAGGAUACCUCAGUCCAUCUUUCGAUUGGUAAUCUAGAAACCCUUAUUAGACAAAUGAUAUCAUCUUCCUCUACAUCUACUGCCUUGCCUACCAUCCCAGGUAAAGUUUCUUGGAUUUUUGACUCGGGUUGUUGCAAUCAUAUGACUUCAAACUCUACACUUUUUUCUACUUUAACUCCUAAUACCAUCGCACCUCCUAUUCAUACUGCUGAUGGUUCACAAAUGCAAGUUAGCCAAUAUGGUCAAGUUUGCACUUCUACCCUUACCUUACCAAACACUUUCCUGAUACCAAAACUUACUUUCAAUCUUAUUUCUGUGGGACAACUGUGUGAACUUGGUCUUGAACUAAUAUUCUCUACUCAUGGUUGUCUUGUGCAGGAUCCACAAACGGGACAGAUUCUUGGGACAGGUUGUAAAGUUGGACGUUUGUUUGAGCUCACUUCCUUGCACAUCCCUUCUAGUUACAUUUCCUAGUUGUGUGCAGUCUCAACAUCUUCCUCUUUGCACUUGUGGCUUCUUCGUCUUGGUUAUGCCUCUAUUAGUAAACUUCGUCCUUUAAUUCAGAAUGGAUCUUUAGGUUCUAUUAAAGAAGAGUCUUUACAUUGUGUCUCGUGUCAAGUUGCUAAACAGCCUGCUUUAUCUUUUAAUAAAAGUGAUUCCGUUUC